AUGGGGGACACCUCACCCACUCCGCAGCAGCUCCUUGUUGAGGCUAUUGUGUUCUGGGCGAUAGGUGUUGUGCUAUAUAUUGGUCGAAUGGUAUCACGAGCAAUCGCAGGGGGAUCCAUCAAACGAUUAUUCUGGGACGACUAUGUUAUGACAGCAACAUUUAUGAUCUACACGACCUUGCUCGUCCUCAUUCAAAUUUCCGCACGCUAUGCAACCAAUCUCAUGGAUCCGAAAGACUAUGACACGGUUCUAUCCGAUCCCCAGCAAGUCAGCGACCGUAUAUUUGGAAGCAAGAUUGUCAUUGGCCUCGAACAAUGCAUGUUGAUAUCGACAUGGGGCGUCAAAGCAUGUAUGUUGAUUCUCUAUUGGAGAAUUACACAAAACCUACGGUCCAACUUUUACAUCAAGUUGCUAUGCAUCUACGUCGCCACUGGAUUUAUUGUCAUCAUGGUCACUUACUACGCUGUGUACUGCCGACCAUUCUCACAAUACUGGGCGAUGCCAGUAGACAACAUGCAGUGUGCGACCUACCAGUACUAUUCCAUCACACAAGCGGUUUUCAAUAUCUCCUCAGAUGCCAUGAUGUUCGCUGUCCCUAUUCCUCUUCUUGUGAAAGCACAACUCAAGCGCCGCCGAAAGGUUGUCUUAUUGGGGGUCAUGAGCUUGGGCCUUUUCACCAUCAUUGCCGCCAUUCUCAACAAAUACUUCAAUUUUGCCUCACCGCUUACUACCACGUACCAGAUAUGGUAUAUCCGAGAGUCCAGUACAGCCAUCUACGUCGCCAAUCUCAUGUGUUGGUGGCCACUCUUGCGCAAGCUUUUCGGACUCAAGGCUUUCGCAUACAACAGCAACCGCGGCAACAAAGGUCCAAAUCACCGGCAGUUGAACAAAGGAGGUCGUGGUUACUCUGACGGCUCAGAAUCAAGACCCUCAGUAUCUUAUUCCCGUCCCCUGCGAUUUAUGCAAUCGCCUUUUCGCAAAGGAUAUCGAACUGGCCACGCACAACGCCAUGGUGACACUCGUCGAUCAAGUCAAGAAGCCAUCACGCGGGCCUCGAUCAAUUUCACGGAUGAUCUGCAUCGGACUGAUACGAUAGCCAUGGAUGACUGGGACUGCGAACGCAAGCAGAGUGUUAAUUUUGUGGACCUGAAAGGCUCAAGGCACGAUUCGAUCACGGACCUGGAGGCAGGUUAUAUGAAGCCCUUGUCACGCCCAAUGUGA